ACGUUGUCGUCGCGACGGAAAUCGGGGUUUCGCGGCACUUGUCAGCCUCCGUCAACGCGACCGAAAUAAACGGGACAGACGCGUCGGUGGAGGGUCUCUCGAAAUUGAAUCGAUAACGGCGAGAAAAACCAUCGACGACGCGCCAAAAAUGACUCGCUUCCAUCCCGUGCGAUAUACGUUGGAAAAUGAACGGCCGAUUGAACUAAUCGGUAGCUGGAAAAGGGAACCGCUAUCGGAUUUAAUGCGUUAAAUAUCCCCCGAUGGCUUUUGGAAUGUAGCUCAGCAGUCGAAAUAUUAUGAGCGAACUGCAGUCGACCAUCGAGUUUUCCGUAGAACUGUACAAAUUUUACAAUGUCGAUUUAUUUCAGAGAGGGAUGUACCAAGUGCGUUGUUCUCUAAGGGUGUCGUCGAAAUUAGGUGUCGAGGUGGAAGUCGCCACGCCGGAAAUCACCACAGGCCUGGGCUCGGCGACGGUGUUGGGUAGUUACGGUGCCUGCCGCCCGUUUCAAAUUUUAUACAGAAACGAGGAAGUGUCCUUAAAAGAUGUGGUUUUGUUCAGAUGUCACAUGCUCGUCGACGGCCAUAACUUGCGGGAAUCGCUCGACCGAGCAGAGUUCGCGCUCGUAUUGGACUUGUGGUUCAGUGAUUCGUCGCCGACUACGAUGUCGCUGGUGUCCACUCGCACUCUGCAACUCAACUUUUCCCCCGUCGAGGGUCUACACUACCACCUGCCCGUGGUUUUCGAUUACUUUCAUUUGUCAGCGGUGUCGAUUACUAUCCACGCAGCCUUAACCGCCUUGCAUCAACCCUCUAUGAAGAGAGGGAUUCUUCGUUAUAUGCAGAGCUGUGCUCCGAAAUCUUCAAAGUCUUGGAGCAAAAUCCGAUCAUCCCACAAUUCUUCGUUAACAGAUCCCGUCCCGCCAGUGAGCAGUCAGAAGUUUUCUAAUAGAAUUAACGCAUCAUCUCAAAUACACCUCGAAGCCUACAGCGUAUUGCUCGAUUCGAGCAAUAAUCUCAAAACCACAGUUAAAGAGUAUAAAAUGUUGCUGAUGCAGCGUGAGGAAAUCGUGUCUGAUAACUACGAGACUCUGAUCGUCAAAUAUAACGAUUACGACAGUACCAAAUUGCUGAAGAAACACCGUUACAAGCCAACUUCAAACUUAUCAGAACUGUGCACCGACAACAUUAAACUGUGGAACUAUUUUUUGCUGACAUUCAGCUGCAAGAUAGCGAUACAGCAGUUCCUGAGCAGGAAACAUCACCAUUUGCGAAUCCGCCGUUUCGCAGAAUUGUUUUUUCUCGUUUAUAACCCUAGGAAGUCGGCGAUGGGCUGCUAUGAAACCAACUACCACAAAUACUUGGUCGUUUCCGAAUUGGCGAAGCGAUCCAAAUAUAUGCACCUACUGCCGCCACUGCCCGUACACUGCAGCGCUUUAGACGGAGAUAGCGCGACAAUGCCGAUCAUUUUCGAAGACCAAUAUCAGGAUCCCUUCGAAUAUGAGAAAAGGAAUUGCGAGGAAUACGCCUCUCCCGGUCAAGAGCGCAGUAUCAGCGUGAAGAGGUCGAAAACUGUAGACAACGGUAGGAAUUGUUCGUGCGGUUCGGAAAACGUAUGGGAACUUCGAAGACCUCAAAAAUCGCCUGCCGAUUACGGCACCUGGGAGGAUUGCUUCAGUAACACAGUGCCGGCUCGUUACAGCAGAUCCCUCGACCACCUGCAGUUUUUGUCAUCCACUACUUUCCACAGGUCGAUGGGCAACAUUCCCGACAAACAAAAAUUUUCGACCAAACCUUCGGGGAAAAGUAAGACGUUGCUCGAAGUUCCGAUCGACUACAGAUCCAUCUCGGAGGUCGGAUAUCCGGUUAGACGCGACGACACCUGCGCGUAUUCGGCUUCGAGUUUCCCACGGCCCAGCGUCAAGAAAACAAUCCACCCCGUCCCGGAAAAUUCCGCGUCGGAACGCCGCCGUAAACCGCCGGAAACUUCGCAGAACCUAAUCAGGUCGAAUACGGUUCAAAAUUUUCCGACGAAACGAAACCCGACCCGUAUUAACUUAGAUCCGGUUACGAAUCAAAAAGCGGUCAAUCAAAAUAAAGCAGUGAAUGGGAUUCAGCGAAUCGUGAACAAUCAAAUCAUGUCGAAAUCAAAAACCUGGGAAUUGGACUUGGUCAGUUCGUUGGAGAGUGUCCCCCAAACACUGACCGACAGGAAAAUAUUUUCGGAUGGCAACGCGGAUUCGAAGCGAAGUUUGAGAAAAGUGAGGAGCGCCUCUUACGUGGGCGGAGAAUUUAAAAGCGUGGUUGCUUCUUCAUGCUCCGAAUCACUGCCUAAUUUUAACGGGAACUCGGAAGAGAGACUGGGGUAUCCCCAAACGAAGUACCUGAGCUCCUCCUCGUCUGGUAGCGAACAAAGCGGAUGGAUUACUUCCAGGAGCAGCUCGAUAGCUUCCAGUACUGACGUAACAAAUCCUGCCACAAGUGCUAUCGUAUUAAAUUUAGAGAAGAUUCAACAGAAACUGUUAUGCCUAUCUGCUGAAACUAAAAGGUGUAGUGUUAGUAAUGAAAAUAAGAAAAUAGAAGAUAUAUUUAAAAAUAAAUCGAACAAAUUUUCUUUACACUCCUUUAACUCGUCGCAUAAAAAGCACCAGAGGCCCGUAGUAGCUAAAGGCUGUGAUCUAAAACAAACAAACAGCGUUUGCGAAGAAGAAAUAGCUUUACCUCCGCCGAAACAGUUUAGGGAUUUCAAUUCGCCUACAAGUUCGGUGACCACCGACGGUUUACCUAACGUGGAAGACUUGGACGAGGACAUAAACGCGGUCGACAAUUUGCUUUAUCAUGUGGUGGACAAUGAGACCACCCUCGAAAGGGCUUCGAGUCGAUUCGACCUGAACACCGCAAAGCAGAAAGAAACGGAAGAGGUGCACCUUUACAAAGGAAACAGCGAAUCUUUGAAAGCGUUCCUCACGGCAAAGCGAGAGUUUAAAAGUCAAUUAAAUUUUCAAGGAAGACUCUACGCUGACCUAAACACCUUCGCGUCAACGGUGCCGUACUUCCAUAUAGCGGACGAGUUUAGAAUAUUCUCUCCCGAAGGAAUGCACUUGGUUGUCUGCGUCCAUGGACUCGACGGCAACUCGGCCGAUUUAAGACUGGUAAAGACGUAUUUGGAACUGGGCCUUCCGGGUGUUUAUUUGGACUUUUUAAUGUCCGAACGGAAUCAGGGAGACACCUUUAGUGACUUUGAAACUAUGACUGACCGGUUAGUUAGCGAAAUUCUACAUUAUUUAGAUUCGAGCACCAUAAGACCAACCCGCGUCAGCUUCGUGGGCCAUUCCUUAGGCAAUAUCAUCAUCAGGUCUGCGCUGACUAGACCACAAAUGAAGUUCUUACUUCCCAGGUUACACACCUUUUUAUCACUGUCCGGACCACAUUUAGGAACUUUGUACAAUAGUAGCGGAUUAGUAAAUAUGGGAAUGUGGUUUAUGCAAAAGUGGAAAAAGUCAGGGUCUCUGCUUCAGCUUUGUUUAAAAGACUCGACCGAUCCGAGACAAUCAUUCCUAUAUCGUCUCAGUCAGAGGAGCACCUUGCAUUACUUUAAAAACAUUCUUCUCUGCGGAUCAGGGCAGGAUAGAUAUGUACCCUUACAUUCCGCAAGAAUCGAACUGUGUAAAGAAUCACUUAAAGACUCUUCGGAACAGGGCACGGUUUAUCGUAAAAUGGUACAAAACAUACUACAGCCAGUCAUGGCCCAGAAGGACCUCAAGCUGCUGAGAUAUGACAUCCAUCACGCCUUACCGAAUACAGCGAACGCUCUCAUAGGACGUGCGGCACAUAUUGCGGUUCUCGAUUCGGAAAUUUUCAUCGAAAAGUUCAUGGUUGUAGUCGGUCUAAAAUACUUCCGAUAAAUUUUUCUUUGAUAUCUUUUUAAAAAAAUUACGUAUUAAAAGAUCAAAUUUUA